AAAAUCAUUAGAGAUCAAUGGAUGGCUGCCGGAUGGUCGGAGUGGUGGAAUGAGAGAAGACGAGAAGGAAGAACAAUCCCUACAGCAAGAACAGAGAGUUGAGGAUGGAGUGAUGAUGGGAUGGAUGUGAAUAUGGGCCAGUGGGCAGGCAUACGAGCUCCUCUCCUCGGCCUGGCCCUUCUGCUGCUUUUGCUGCUCUUCCAGCCGCUGCCCUGCUGUGGCCGGAACCCCCAGGCAGCUCCUCAGGAUGCUCCGCACUUCGGCUUCACUCAGGCCGUCUACCAGACCACAGUUUACGAGAACUCUGCAGCACGCACCUACGCCAACAGUAAAGUUAAAAUGGGCAUCCACCUGGCGCUGCGCUCCUGGGAGGUCCGCUACAGAAUCGUCUCAGGCGACGAUGAAGGAUUUUUCAAGGCAGAAGAGUACGUGCUCGGAGACUUCUGCUUCUUACGCGUCAGGACUAAAGGCGGAAACGCAGCCAUUUUGAACAGAGAGAUUCAGGAUAAUUAUGUGUUGACAGUGAAAGCUUCCAUCAAGGGUGAGGCCCUCCUGGAAGCCUGGACGAAAGUCAGUAUUCAGGUCUUGGACAUGAAUGACCUCCGACCCUUGUUCUCUCCCACCACAUACUCUGUCACGAUAGCGGAGAGCACCCCUCUCAGGACUAGCAUAGCACAGGUUACAGCCACUGAUGCGGAUAUUGGCUCGAAUGGAGAGUUUUACUAUUUUUUCAAGGAGAAUAUGGAUCUAUUUACAGUACACCCAACCAGUGGGGUCAUUUCACUCAGUGGAAAACUAAAUAUUGAGGAACAGAACCGGUAUGACUUAGAAAUCCUGGCAGUGGACCGUGGCAUGAAACUGUACGGGAAUAACGGGGUCAGCAGCACGGCCAAGCUCUUCGUCCAUGUGGAGCGUGUCAACGAACACGCUCCAGUCAUGCAUGUUGUCACUCUCAUCCCAUCAUGGCUCAAUAAAAAUCCUGUGUAUGCCAUGGUCACUGUGGUGGACCUGGAUGAAGGUUUAAAUGGAGAGAUAGACUCUGUGGUCAUUGUUGCUGGAGACUCCUCACAGCUAUUUUUCAUAGAAAGUUCUGAGGAAGGUCAGUUUGCAGUGAAGGCCUCAGAGUCGGUGGACUGGGAGGUCUACCCUUAUGGUUGCAACCUCACUUUACAAGCUAAAGACAAGGGUACCCCACAAAGGUUCUCCAGCCUAAAGGUUGUCCAAGUGAUGGUCAAGAAAAAGCAAGCAGCAGAAGCUAAAUUUGAGCAGGAGUUGUAUGAUGUUAGUCUGAAUGAAAUUUCGCCGCCAGGCACAAUCGUAGUGGCAGUUAGACUGAAACCAGAGCCUGAAGACGCAGAGUAUAUCCUCACCCCCUCAGCGGAUUCAGCUUUCUUCCAGAUGAACACGUUAACGGGCGUGAUCUCCACCACUCGCUGGUUAAGCCAGUUCAACCAGGAUGUUUUUAAUCUCGAAGUGUUGGAAGUAGAUAGUGAGCUCAGGGUUAAGGUUCGAGUCACCGUUGAGGACGCUAACAACAAUGCUCCAACAUUUGCUCAGUCGUCUUAUGAGGUUUUUGUAAAUGAAAGUGUUGCAAUUGGUACGAGUGUGUUAACAGUUUCCGCAGUGGAUGAAGACAAAGGAGAAAAUGGCUACAUAACCUACAGCAUUUCCAGCCUUCACCCAUUACCCUUCAAAAUUAAUCAGUUUUCUGGUGUCAUUAGCACCACAAAUGAAUUAGACUUUGAAUCACCAUCAGAGAGUUUUGUGUUUGUUGUAAGGGCAUCAGACUGGGGCUCACCUUACAGGCGAGAGAGUGAAGUCAACAUAACCAUCAACAUUGAGAAUGUCAAUGAUAAUCAGCCGCUGUUUGAGAAGAUAGCAUGUCAAGGGGCCAUCUCUCGAGAUUUCCCAGUAGAUGAAGUGAUCACCACCAUGUCUGCAAUAGAUGUAGAUGAAUUAGAGCUGGUAAAAUACAAGAUCAUUUCAGGGAAUGAAUGGGGGUAUUUUGACCUCAACCCAGAUUCAGGGGUACUAGCAUUGAGGCAUUCCCUAGCCACUGCCAGUCCAAAGAAUGGCAUCUUUAGUCUGAAAAUUACUGCCACAGAUGGUGAGAACUUUUCUGACCCCAUGUUUGUUAACAUCUCAGUUGUUCAAGGAAAAUCACCCAAAGGUUUCAACUGCAAAGAGACCAGAGUAGCUCAAAGGUUAGCAGAGAAGUUACUCAAAAAGUCCAAAGCCAGCACCAAGCCCAAAAUUGAAGAAGGCUUUAUUGACCUUUUCUCUGUCAAUCGGCAAACACCCCAGUUUGACAAAGCGUUUCCCACAGAUAUAGCAGUGCGGGAAGACCUGGAGGCUGGUUCGAGUGUGUUCAAGGUGAAUGCGUACGAUGGUGAUACAGGUUUCAAUGGUCAGAUUCUCUAUUCGAUUUCAGAUGGUAACACUGACAGCUGUUUUACUAUUGACAUGGAGACUGGCCUCAUCAGGGUCUUCCAGCCCAUGGACAGAGAAAAGAGAGAUCGUUAUCUCCUCAACUUAACUAUCUAUGACUUCGGGCUGCCACAGAAAACCACUUGGCGUCUGCUUGCUAUCUACAUUGAUGAUGCCAAUGAUAACGCACCUCAGUUUUUGCAAGAGGGAGGCUAUCGAAUUGUUAUACCUGAAAACACAGCCAUAGGUACAGAUGUCAUUCAAGUCGAGGCCACAGACAAAGAUCUUGGAUCCAAUGGGCAGAUUAUCUACUCAGUUUUGACCAGUGUCACACAAUUUGGUAUCAACUCCACCACUGGGAUUGUGUAUGUUGCUGGUCAACUUGACCGGGAGUUUAUCGCAACUUUUAACCUGAAGAUUGAGGCUCGGGACAGAGCAGAGAAAGGGAGCCAGAGGUUUUCUGUCACCUCUUUGAAAAUUAUUUUGGAGGAUGUUAACGACUGCCCCCCACUCUUUAUUCCCAGUUUGUACAGAGCCAAGGCCCUUGAGGACUUCCCAGUUGGAACUGUUGUGGCCUGGUUAGAAACCCAAGACCCAGAUCUGGGGUUGGGAGGCCAGGUUCGCUACUCUCUUGUUAAUGACUAUAACGGAUGGUUUGAGGUAGACAGAACCAGUGGGGCUAUUCGACUAACGAAGGAGCUGGAUUAUGAGACUCAACAGUUUUAUAACCUCACUGUGAGGGCGAAGGACAAAGGAAGGCCCGUUUCCCUUCUGUCUGUCACAUUUGUGGAGCUGGAGGUGAUAGAUGUGAAUGAAAACCUCAACACGCCGUACUUCACCCACUUUGCCCUGUCAGGAUUGGUAAAAGAGAAUGCACGCAUUGGGACCACCCUAAUCCAUGUCACUGCCCACGACGACGACAGUGGCAGAGACGGAGAAAUUCAGUACUCGAUCCGUGACGGGAGCGGGCUGGGCCGGUUUGCCAUCGAUGAAGAGACAGGGGUCAUCUACACCACUGACAUGCUGGACCGUGAGACCAAGGACUCGUACUGGCUGACCGUCUAUGCCAGUGACCAUGGUGUGGUUCCUCAGUUUGCUGCUAUUGAGGUGUUUGUGCAAGUGGAGGACGUUAACGAUAAUGCCCCGCUGACCUCAGAACCACUGUACCGGCCCUCAGUCCCAGAGAACUCCCCACGAGAUGUCUCUGUGAUCCAGAUCCAGGCCCAGGAUCCCGAUGCCAUGCCAGGAGGACCCGACAAGCUCAGCUACCGCAUCGUCAGCGGAAACCCUCAGAACCUUUUCACCAUCAAUUCUCGCACAGGUCUGAUCACCACAACCUCCAGGAGACUGGACCGCGAGCAGCAGACGGAACACGUCCUGGAGGUGUUGGUGUCAGAUGGAGGUCCCAGUCCAAGACAGAGUACAGUCUGGGUGAUGGUCCAGGUCCUGGAUGAAAACGACAACAAGCCCAUGUUUCCGGAGAAGGUUUAUCAGGUCAAACUACCAGAGCGAGAACGCAAAAAGAAGGGGGAGGCCAUCUACCGCGUCUUCGCCUAUGACCUUGACGACGGGCCCAACAGUGACCUCUCCUACAGCAUCGUGGACGGCAACGAGGAUGGGAAGUUCUUCAUUGACCCCAAGACCGCCAUGGUGUCAUCACGCAAGGCCUUCAGUGCCGGCAGCUACGACAUUCUGACCAUCAAAGUGACCGAUAACGGCCGUCCUCAGAAGUCAUCCACGACUCGCCUCCACAUCGAGUGGAUGCGCCGGCCUCCUCCGUCGCCUCUGCCGUUGCUAUUUGAUGAGAACUUCUACAAUUUUACCAUCAUGGAGAACGACAAAGUUGCUGAGAUUGUGGGGGUGGUCUCCGUGCAGCAUAGCCCCGCCCCCUUGUGGUUUGACAUCACAGGUGGGAACAUGGACAGCUUGUUUGACAUCGAGAAGGCCGUGGGCACGAUUGUCAUCGCCAAGCCUCUGGACGCAGAGCAGCGCUCCUUCUACAACCUGACGGUGCAGGCGACAGAUGGCACCAACACGGCGUACACACAGGUUCAUAUUACCAUUAUGGAUAACAACGACAACACUCCCGUCUUCUCUCAGGCAACUUACGACAUCAUGAUUUCUGAGGACACUGCCCCUGACACAGAGGUGGUCCAGGUUUUGGCAUCAGACCGUGAUGAGCACCAUCAUUUGGCCUACUCCCUGCACAGCUCCAUCGACCCCACCAGCCUGCGUCUGUUCCGGAUCCACCCCACACUUGGAACAAUUUACACCACCCAGAGGCUGGACCACGAGGCCUGUGCCCAGCACAUCCUCACUGUCAUGGUGAAGGACCAAGAGUUUCCCUACAGAAAGAACCUGGCUCGUGUGCUGAUUGAAGUAGAAGAUGUGAACGACCAUGUCCCUAUCUUUACCAGUGCUCUGUAUGAAGGUUCAGUCUACGAGUCAGCAGCAGUGGGGUCGGUUGUGGUCCAGGUCACCGCACUUGACAAAGAUAAGGGCGAGAAUGCAGAGCUGUGGUACUCUGUCGAAGCAGGGAACGCUGGAAAUGCAUUCCACAUUGAGCCAGUUUUGGGUAUCAUCAGUGUUGCACGUGACUUGGACUUGUCCAACAUUGGCCAUUAUGUUCUCACAGUGAGAGUGACGGACAGUGGCUCCCCUCCCCUGACCACCACCACCAUUGUACGGAUUGCAGUCACUCUUUCUAAUAAUGCUGGGCCAAAGUUCCCCCAGCCGGAGUACCAGGCGGAGAUCUCAGAGAAUGCACUGGUCGGGACCUCUGUUACCACAGUCACUGCUGUCAGUCGGUCCACUCUUACUUAUGAUAUCAAGCAGGGCAAUACUGGACGCAUCUUCCAGAUCAAUCAGUACAGUGGCGUUGUCACGACUCAGAAGCCUCUAGACUACGAGAUGGCAGCAUCGUACAUCCUGACAGUGCAGGCUACCAACAUGGCUGGCAUGGCUUCCAAUGCCAGCCUUUUGAUUCAGAUUCUGGAUGAGAAUGACAACCCUCCGGUGUUCCAGCAGCUGCAUUAUCAUGGCAGCAUUAGCGAGGCCGCACCAGUUAACAGCAUUGUCUUGAACUCUGAUGACUCCCCUCUUGUAAUUAAGGCUACAGAUGCUGACCGCAACCAGAAUGCUCUUUUGGUUUACCAAAUUGUUGAGGACACUGCAAAAAGGUUCUUCACAGUGGACUCUGGAACUGGAUCAAUAAGAACGAUAGCUAAUCUUGACCACGAGACAUUCGCCAGCUUUCAUUUCCAUGUUCAUGUGGGGGACAAUGGCAGGCCACAGUUGACAGCAGACAGUCCAACUGAGGUUACAAUACAAGUUGUUGACACAAAUGAUUCACCACCUUGUUUCACUCAGAACGCCUAUGAAGCUGUUGUGCUGCUUCCGACCUAUGUGGGUGUAGAAGCCCUGCAGGUAUCAGCCAUAGACCCUGACAAAGAUGUCCCUACACAGCUCACUUACUCUCUGGCAGAUGGUGUACUGGAACAUUUUGCCAUCAAGCCAUCCAGUGGAAUAAUCGUAGUCAAAAACAACAACUUCUCCAAAGAACGGUUCCGUUUCAAUGUUAAAGUCUCCGAUGGAAAGUUCUCUGGCACGGCUCUGGUCAUAAUUCUUCUCAGACAGGCUCUGGACUCUGGCCUGAGCUUCACUCACAGCAUUUACUCCUCAUCUAUCCAAGAGAAUAUUUCAGAUAUCACCAAAGUGGCCGUGGUGAAUGCUGUGGGAAGCCGUCUCAAUGAGCCACUAAAAUACACAUUGUUGAAUGCUGGUACACGGUUCAGAAUCCGGCCAACUUCGGGGGUAAUUCAGACCACAGGCAAACCCUUUGACCGUGAAGAGCAGGAGUUUUAUGAGCUGGUUGUUGAGGCAAGAAAGGAACAUGAUCGUCUGCAUGUGGCGAGGGUUAUGGUGAGAAUCCAGGUUGAGGACAUUAAUGACAAUGCCCCUGUGUUUGUUGGACUGCCUUAUUAUGCUGCUGUACAAGUAGAAGCUGAACCAGGAUCACCUAUUUUCAGAGUCAUGGCUGUAGACAGUGACAAAGGCAUUAACGGAGAGGUAGCUUAUCAUCUCAAAGAUGACCAUGGCCACUUUGAAAUCAACAGGCACACAGGCACUCUCAGUCUCAAGAGGGCCUUUGAGUCUGACUUGUCCAAUGCGGAGUACCAGAUGGUGAUCUAUGCCAGAGAUGGGGGUUAUCCACCCCUCUCCUCUGCUGUAGAGUUCCCCAUCACCAUAGUCAACAAAGCCAUGCCUGUCUUUGACAAGUCAUUUUAUUCUGUUUCUGUGAAUGAGGAUGUCCCUGCGCACACACCUAUCCUCGGAAUCAAUGCCACGAGUCCUGAGGGUCAGAGCAUCAUCUACACGAUUGUUGAUGGAGAUCCAGCUCUUCAGUUUGACAUUGGUUUUGAUACUGGAGUCAUAAGUGUGAUCCACUCUUUGGACUAUGAAGUAGCGUCCUCUUUUCACUUGACCGUCAGAGCCACGGACUACCUGACGGGUGCUCGUGCUGAGGUAGACGUGGGUGUGGUGGUUCUGGAUGUGAACGAUAACCCUCCCAUCUUUCAGAAGACAUCAUACAGAGUAGUUUUGUCUGAAACAGCCAUGAUUGGAACUCCAGCACUUCAGGUAAUCGCCAGUGACAGUGAUUCAGAAAGGAACAAUGUUGUCCGCUACCAGAUCUUCUCAGAUGUGCAUAACAGCACAGACUACUUUCACAUUGACAGCAGCAGUGGAUUAAUCCUGACAGCACGUAUGCUAGACCAUGAGCUAGUUCAGCGAUAUGAGUUCAUUGUCAGGGCUACUGAUAAUGGUUUCCCACCACUGACGAGUGACGUGUCGGUCAUGGUCAUGGUGAAUGACAUGAAUGACAAUCCUCCCGUUUUUAACCAGCUGCUCUAUGAGGCUUAUGUGAGUGAGUUAGCUCCUCGGGCCCACUUUGUGACCUGUGUGCAGGCCUCUGAUGCCGACAGCUCGGACUUUGAUAAACUGGAAUACAGCAUUUUGUCAGGGAAUGAAAAUAUGAACUUUGUGAUGGACAAAAUGACAGGAAUAAUAAUGUUGUCCAGCCACCGUAAGCAAAGGAUGGACCCCACCUACAAUCUGAAUGUUUCUGUGUCUGAUGGGGUCUUCACCAGCACCGCACAGGUCCAUGUUCAGGUGAUGGGCGCCAACCUACACAGCCCAGUGUUUCCACAGAAUCACUAUGAAGUGGAGUUAAAGGAGAAUUCUGCUGUGGGCACCAAAUUUAUACAGGUGAAGGCAUCUGAUGCAGACCCUGGAGUGUUCGGUCACAUCACUUAUUCCUUUGUUAACGAUGUGGGCAAGGACCAGUUUAGCAUCGACCCAAGUGGACAGAUCUCCACUCUGGAGAAGCUUGACCGUGAGAACCCAGCCAAUCAGGAAAUACUUUUGACCGUGGUGGCUCAGGACUCAGGUGGACACGUGUCCUACUGUACAGUCCACAUUACUCUGUUGGAUGAUAACGAUAAUGCACCUCGUUUCAGGGACAGUGAAUACAGAGCUUCAGUUAAAUCCGAUGUAGCCAAAGGUUUUUUGGUGACACAGAUUCAGGCUUUUGAUCCAGAUGAUGGCAUCAAUGCCAAAGUGACCUACUCUCUGUACAGCGAGGCACACAUCCCUGUGGUCGACAUUCUGGAAAUAGACCCUGAAAACGGCUGGAUGGUAACGAAAGGCAGCUUCAGCCAUUUGAGAAAUUCUGUAUUAUCUUUUUUUGUGAAGGCUGUGGAUGGAGGAAAUCCAGCCCGGCAUUCUCUAGUCUCAGUCUACAUCCAUGUUUUAUCUCCAGAAGCUUUUAUCCCUCCCUUCAGCCAACCACAGUACUCCUUCAGUGUUCCAGAGGACACCCCCAUAGGCACCGCUGUGGGGAAGGUGCACCUCAACACUCCUGUAGGAUAUUCUUCACUCAUUAUUUGCUUCACACCGGUCAGUGGAGAGACCAGUGAAAACAACCAAGAUGGGGUGUUUGUGGUGGAAAAGGAUACGGGUGUCAUCAAGCUGGAUAAGCUUUUAGACCAUGAAGUCGUCAAGAGCUACCACUUUAAAGUCAGUGCUACAGUACAGCAGGCCAAGCUGGAUUCUGUGACUAAUGCUGACGUUGAAAUUAAAGUGUUGGACCUGAAUGACAACAAACCAGCCUUUGAGGCCAGCACCUACGAGACCACGGUCAUGGAGGGGAUGCCCACUGGAACCAGAAUCAUUCAAAUACAAGCACAAGACCCAGACUCGGGGGGCAACGGACAGGUGACAUACGGCCUCGGAACGUUACUCCAGUCAGACGAGCAUUCGCAAACACUGGUCAACAUUUUUAGCAUUGACAGCAACACGGGGUGGAUCUCCACACUUAAGGACCUGGAUCACGAGACCAGUCCCUCCUACACGUUCACAGUCGUGGCCUCAGACCUUGGUGAGCCUGCGUGUCUUUCCACUACCACCACGGUCACAGUGGCAGUGAUGGACAUCAACGACAACCCACCCAGGUUCCUGGAACAGCAGUACUUUGGUUCCAUUCAGGAGAGCGACCCACCAGGAGAGGUUGUGGCUGUGCUGAACACCAGAGACGACGACAGCUCCGCGGUCAACCGUCAAGUCAGCUACCACAUCACCGUUGACAUCGUGAUGUUGAACCACCGUCACGAUGCAGAUAUUUGUUCGAGGAUUUCCCUGAAGAUCAGAGUGAGGACAGAUGAUUAUGGACUCUAUGGCCUGUCAGCUGAGAUAUGUCAGGGUUGUGAUCCAGGCAGCGGCUCUGCUGAGCAGGCCGUGUAUUCUGCAUCUAUUCCGGAGGAUGUCCCGGUCAACAGUGUGGUUCUGAGGGUUGAGGCCACAGACACUGAUGUUGGUGUCAGUUCCUGGAUCCAGUACUCAUUAUAUGGUCCCGGAUCAGAGGACUUCAGCAUGGACCCUGAAACCGGCGAGUUGAAGACGUCUGUGGUUCUGGACCGGGAAGUGACGCAGCACUACUGGAUGGUAGCCCAGGCGACUGAUGGUGGAGGCCGAUGGUGUCGUGCUGAGGUGAAGCUGAUGUUGAUGGAUGUGAAUGACAAUCCGCCCGUAUUCACCAUGUCACAGUACACUGCCAGUGUGUACGAGGACACGCCCACCAAGGCCCUGCUCACCCGCAUCCAGGCUCUAGACCCUGAUGAAGCUGGUCCGGGUCGUAUGGUGGUCUACUCCCUCAUUGAUUCUGCCGGAGGUUUUUUCUCCAUCGACAAGUCCUUGGGCAUUGUGGUUCUGGAACGCAUCCUGGACCGUGAGGUCCAGCCAUCCUAUCAGAUAACAGUCCGGGCUUCAGACCAGGGUUCGCCACUUCCACUUUCCUCACUGGUCAAUGUCACGAUUACUGUGUUGGAUGUCAACGACAACCCGCCGGUGUUUGAGCGACGUGAUCAGCUGGCAACUGUGCCAGAGGAUGCAGGAGUGGGAACAGAGGUUCAUAGAGUCUAUGCUGCCAGUAAGGACAUUGGGGCCAAUGCUGAGAUUACGUACAGCAUCCGAUCCGGCAACGAGUAUGGCAAGUUCCACAUCCACCCUGUUACUGGUGCCAUUUUAGUCGCCCAGGCUCUGGACUAUGAGACGUGCAGGGACUAUUUCCUGUCAGUGGAGGCUCGUGACGGCGGCACGCCACCACUGAGUGCCAUUACCACAGUCAAUAUAAACCUGACAGACGUCAAUGACAAUGCACCCAUCUUCAGCCGUGAGCUCUACACGGCGGUCGUGUCAGAGGACGCCACCAUAGGAGAGUCUGUAGUCCAGCUCUCAGCAGAAGAUGUGGACAGUCCACUGAACAGGGCGGUACUCUACUCCAUCGUCAGUGGAGAUCGGGACAACCAGUUCUUCAUUGACCCACUUAGUGGGGUCAUCAAGGUCAACAAGCAGCUGGACCGUGAGACAGUUCCUGGCUACUCAUUGGUCAUCAGAGCCCUGGACAGCGGCGUGCCAGCCAUGUCGUCCACUGUGACCGUGAACAUCGACAUCUCUGACAUUAACGACAACCCGCCCACCUUCUCCCCCGCCAACUUCACCGCUGUCAUCCAGGAGAAUAAGCCAGUUGGCACGAGCAUCCUACAGCUGUCUGUCAUCGACCAAGACUCCUCCCAUAAUGGCCCGCCCUUUGACUUCCACAUAGUGUUUGGAAAUGAAGGUGGAGAGUUUGUGCUUGAGAAAGAUGGAACACUUUUGGCCAAUCAGGUGUUCAGGAGAGACAUCGCCACUGAAUAUGUUAUUCAGAUUCAGGUGAUGGACUCCGGUAAGCCCCGCCUCUCCUCCUCGUCCACAUUGACAGUUAGAGUCAUUGAAGAGAGCCUCCAUCGCCCUGUGGCGCUGCCACUGGAGGUUCACAUUGUCACCAUGGAAGACGAGUUUCCUGGGGGUGUGAUUGGUCAGUUGCAUGCAACUGACGCUGAUCCCUAUGACGCACUGGUCUUUGGCCACGCCCCGCCAUCCCAGCGUAGUCUCUUCAAGAUCAGCCCUCGUGAUGGCAAGAUCAUUGCCUUGGGUGGGUUGGACGCAGGCAGGUACUCCCUCAACGCAAGUGUCAGCGACGGCCGCUUCGCUGUACCAGUGCCCGUGAGUGUACAUGUAGAACAGGCGACGCCGGAGAUGCUGCAAGAGGCAGUGACGGUGCGCUUUGAGAGCAUCGCACCCCAAGACUUCGUGGCGUUGCACCUGAAAAGUGUGUUCAAGGUGCUGCAGCAGGCCGCGGCCUCGCAGCAGCAGGACAGGCUGCACAUCCUCAGCCUGCAGCCAGUCGGGGGCACGCAGCAGCUUGACAUGCUCGUCGCCGUGGAAACAGUAGGCAGCGGGUACUACAAGGCAGCCUACCUCACCCAGAAACUCAGCACCUCACGGCGGCAGCUGGAGGAGGUGCUCAGGGUUUCAGCCAUUCUGGAGAAGAACUGCUCGGGUUUGGAGUGUCGCGGGGCCCAGUGUGAGCAGAGCAUCAUCUUAGACUCCCACAACCUGGCAACUUACAGCACGCCGCGCAUCAGCUUCGUCUCUCCACGCUUCCACCGGACGUCACGCUGCACGUGUACUGAUGUCAGCUGUGCCGCACCGUCUGAGCAGUGUGAGGACCAGCCGUGUCCAGCGGACAUGCAGUGUAUUUCAGUCGAGGCCACCAGAGGGCGAUAUGCAUGCCAGUGUCCACCGGGAAAACUGGGAGAGUGUGCAGGUGCAGAGUUCCGUAUCAGUGCGAUUGUCAUUGACAACUCCAAAAUCUUCAGGAGUGCCAUUUUAGUCGCCCAGGCUCUGGACUAUGAGACGUGCAGGGACUAUUUCCUGUCAGUGGAGGCUCGUGACGGCGGCACGCCACCACUGAGUGCCAUUACCACAGUCAAUAUAAACCUGACAGACGUCAAUGACAAUGCACCCAUCUUCAGCCGUGAGCUCUACACGGCGGUCGUGUCAGAGGACGCCACCAUAGGAGAGUCUGUAGUCCAGAGGACCACAUGGAGAUCAGUCAUCGAUGAGUGGACCACUCCCAACACUCUACAACCUCUCAGCAGAAGAUGUGGACAGUCCACUGACAGGGCGGUACUCUACUCCAUCGUCAGUGGAGAUCGGGACAACCAGUUCUUCAUUGACCCACUUAGUGGGGUCAUCAAGGUCAACAAGCAGCUGGACCGUGAGACAGUUCCUGGCUACUCAUUGGUCAUCAGAGCCCUGGACAGCGGCGUGCCAGCCAUGUCGUCCACUGUGACCGUGAACAUCGACAUCUCUGACAUUAACGACAACCCGCCCACCUUCUCCCCCGCCAACUUCACCGCUGUCAUCCAGGAGAAUAAGCCAGUUGGCACGAGCAUCCUACAGCUGUCUGUCAUCGACCAAGACUCCUCCCAUAAUGGCCCGCCCUUUGACUUCCACAUAGUGUUUGGAAAUGAAGGUGGAGAGUUUGUGCUUGAGAAAGAUGGAACACUUUUGGCCAAUCAGGUGUUCAGGAGAGACAUCGCCACUGAAUAUGUUAUUCAGAUUCAGGUGAUGGACUCCGGUAAGCCCCGCCUCUCCUCCUCGUCCACAUUGACAGUUAGAGUCAUUGAAGAGAGCCUCCAUCGCCCUGUGGCGCUGCCACUGGAGGUUCACAUUGUCACCAUGGAAGACGAGUUUCCUGGGGGUGUGAUUGGUCAGUUGCAUGCAACUGACGCUGAUCCCUAUGACGCACUGGUCUUUGGCCACGCCCCGCCAUCCCAGCGUAGUCUCUUCAAGAUCAGCCCUCGUGAUGGCAAGAUCAUUGCCUUGGGUGGGUUGGACGCAGGCAGGUACUCCCUCAACGCAAGUGUCAGCGACGGCCGCUUCGCUGUACCAGUGCCCGUGAGUGUACAUGUAGAACAGGCGACGCCGGAGAUGCUGCAAGAGGCAGUGACGGUGCGCUUUGAGAGCAUCGCACCCCAAGACUUCGUGGCGUUGCACCUGAAAAGUGUGUUCAAGGUGCUGCAGCAGGCCGCGGCCUCGCAGCAGCAGGACAGGCUGCACAUCCUCAGCCUGCAGCCAGUCGGGGGCACGCAGCAGCUUGACAUGCUCGUCGCCGUGGAAACAGUAGGCAGCGGGUACUACAAGGCAGCCUACCUCACCCAGAAACUCAGCACCUCACGGCGGCAGCUGGAGGAGGUGCUCAGGGUUUCAGCCAUUCUGGAGAAGAACUGCUCGGGUUUGGAGUGUCGCGGGGCCCAGUGUGAGCAGAGCAUCAUCUUAGACUCCCACAACCUGGCAACUUACAGCACGCCGCGCAUCAGCUUCGUCUCUCCACGCUUCCACCGGACGUCACGCUGCACGUGUACUGAUGUCAGCUGUGCCGCACCGUCUGAGCAGUGUGAGGACCAGCCGUGUCCAGCGGACAUGCAGUGUAUUUCAGUCGAGGCCACCAGAGGGCGAUAUGCAUGCCAGUGUCCACCGGGAAAACUGGGAGAGUGUGCAGGUCAUUCGUCUCUGAGUUUUGCAGGUAACAGCUACAUUAAGUACAGACUGUCUGACCGGCUGCAGAUGGAACUGAAGCUCAACAUGAGGAUCAGAACUCUGCAGAGGCGAGGAAUCAUCAUGUACACACACGCUGAGCCGUGCACUGUGCUGAAGUUGGAGGAGGGAAAGCUCUGGUUCCAGUUGGCGUGCAGCUUUGGCAGUGGCACAGGUGGCACCACUGGUGACAUGUUGGGGAUCUCUGGUCGGCGCAUUAACGAUGGCAGCUGGCACACGGUGGCACUGGAGAUUAACCGUAACUUCAGCAGCCUGGCGCUGGACGACAGCUAUGUGGAGCACCGCCAUGGCCCGCCGCUGAUGCAGCUGAUGUCUCCUGACCGAACGAUCUACUUUGGCGCACUGGUUCAACAUCCCAGCUCACGCAGCCUCAUGGACCCGCAGAAGGACCCGCGAGUCAUUGAUGGCUUCCAGGGCUGCCUGGACUCUGUUAUGCUGAACAACAACGAGCUGCCACUACAGAACAAGCGCUCUCGCUAUGCUGAGGUGGUGGGACUGACAGAGCUGAAGCUGGGAUGCAUUCUCCAUCCUGACGCUUGCCUCCAACAGCCCUGUCACAAUGGAGCCACCUGCACCAGCCUGCCAUCUGGUGGGUUUUUGUGCAGCUGUCACCCCCAGUACACCGGAGGGCGCUGUGAAAUGGAGAUCACAGCGUGUGUUCCCAACCCCUGUCAGAACGGAGGCGUGUGUAAGCCCAUCGGUAACGCCUUUCUGUGCAGCUGCAGGAGAGGCUUCAAGGGCCUGAUCUGUGAAGAGGACGUGAAUGAAUGUGACCGCAACAAUCCUGAGGGGGAGUGUGAGAACGGCGGCGUUUGCGUCAACACUCACGGUUCCUUCUACUGUAACUGCACAGCGGGCUUCGUGGGCCAGCGCUGCAGCCUGCGGCCCGUCGUUGUUCCCGACAUGCAAGCGGGCCACGCCGUAGUCGGCAAGGAGGAGCUGAUCGGCAUUGCCGUGGUCCUUUUUGUCAUCGUCACCCUCAUCGUCCUCUUCAUUGCUUUCCGCAAGAAAGUCUUCCAGAAGAACUACUCGCGGAACAACCUGUCUCUGGUCCAGGACCCGGCCACCGCGGCACUCCUUAACAAGGCCAACGGGAUUCAGUUUAAAACCCUUCACUGCUCCCCGGGUGACCCGCUGAACCUGUACUCAGAGCCGGGGCUCGGACCCACGGUGAUAGGAGGAGGUGGGAUGCUGGGACCGCCGCAGGUCCCGGUGAGACCCAUGGCGUACACGCCCUGUUUCCAAGGCGACCAACGGUCCACACUGGAGAAGAUGGUGGAUGGGCGCGGCGUGGAACACACUGAGAUGAGCACCUUCCACUCUGAGUCUCCAAGGAUCCUGGCCGGGUCCACCAGAAGGGGGGUGGUGGUGUGCAGCGUGGCCCCCAACCUGCCGCCGGUGUCACCCUGCCGCUCCGACUGUGACUCCCUGCGCAAGAGCCCGUGGGACAGUGAGGAGGGUAAGAUGGUGGACAUGGCAGAAGACGUCACUUGUUUUUCAGGGAGCAACAAAGGCAGUAACUCAGAGGUCCAGUCCCUGAGCUCCUUCCAGUCGGACUCGUGCGAUGACAAUGCGUAUCACUGGGACACGUCUGACUGGAUGCCGAGCUCCAGGCUGUCGGACAUCAAAGAGGCGCCGGGCUACGAGGCGACUCCAGGGAGCGGCACAGCUGGCGCAGUGCCUCACCUCACAGGGAGCACUCGGGAGCUGGAGUCAGACUACUACCUGGGAGGUUGCGACAUUGACAGCGACUACCCACCUCCCCAAGAAGAAGAGUUCUUGAGCCAAGACCAGCUCCCCCCUCUGCUGCCCACCAAUGAGGACUAUCCUGAGCCCUACUCACCACUUCCUGUCAACCAGCCAGUGUCCAAGGAGAGCACGUUGAGCUCUGGUAGCGCGGGCUGCCAGCACAACAGGCCACACUUCCAUCCCAGCCAGUAUCUGCCUCCCCACCAGCUGCCUCUGGGGGAGUUGCUUCCUGGGGAGGAUUACAGCUCGUCUGUGGGCGGACUUACUCCAGGAAACGGGGACACAGAUGAUAGCGUAUCGCUAAAUAUGCGGCUGUCUGUUGGUGCGUCGUCAGCGUCCGACAUGUCGGCGCCGUGUGAGUGUGAACAUGCCAGCGACUUUGGCAGCGUGGACGAGCUCCGCCGAGGAGUGACCAUCAUCACAGACUCCCAGCAGCAGACCGAAGUGUAACGGAGCAGGCGGCGCCGCGCGGACUAGAACGACAAAACCGCAGCCACAGAUCUGAUGUGUUUUUUAGUCAAACGUGCACAGACAAUGGGCGCGGUGUCAACAGAAGUGUCCUUCACGUGACGGCAUCGAGAAUGUGACUGAGAGAGACACACGCUCACCUGUAAAGUUGUUUGGCUCCGCCUCCUUCACAAAAGUCAAAGGUUUUCUUUUACAGAACUUUUGAUAUUUGGAAACUUUUUAUUGCCCUGAUCCUGUACAUACUUUGUAAAAAAAAAAACAAAAAAAAAACAAAACACAAAGCCGGACCACAUUUCUGAAAACCUUGUGCUGUGGUGACAAUAACAAAAAGAAAAUGGUGGAAGGUUUCACCUAAAAAUGAGCUUCCAGUUUUUUCGUCUUUUAGAUGUUUUGUACAGAAAAGGAGACAAAGCUGCACAAUUUUUUUGUUUUUGUUUUUGCAUCUCUAUAAAACAAAAACAAUACGUGCUGACUUUUAAGUUGAUUCAGUCAACAACACUUUAAUUAUGUCGUUAUGCCAAAAUGUUCAGGUGUUUCUGAAAAUCAUGUUUUGCAGAUAAAACAAUCAAUGACACAAAGAUUUCACAUCGGUGAAACGAAUAUUACAACCUAAAAUCUAAACGUACCUAUUAAAAAGAAAAUGUUUUGGGAAGUUAAAUUUCUUGUUUGUGUGAACACUAAGACAUUAAAGGGGUAAUACUGGGCGAUUCUAUGGUAACGGGAUUACAAUCGGAGCACAUUUUUAAUGAGGAGCUAAAAUAUGGCCAGAUUUUCCUGUCGUCGUAAUUCCGUUACCAUAGAAUCACCUUAUUACACACAGUAUCAACAAUACACUCAUAUAAUAAAUGUUUAUGAGUGCAAUGGUACAAAUAUUUUCAAAAACUGGUCAACAAGGAUUGUUAUCUUUAAAAGAGUGAAAAUAUUCUAUUCACUGCAUGAAGGGAAAACAUUCACUAUUUGGUUGUUAUGACACCUGAAUAGAUUUUGAAUCUGUGUCUGUGUUAAUUACUGAGCUCAUCUGUCCUGCAAAAACAAAACAAAAAAACUUCCUGGAGAUGUGCAGUAAGGUUUUUCUAAGCAAAAUUGUAACUCUAAGAAUGUUUUUUUAAGCACAUCCUGUCGUGGACGCACUCAGACACUCUCCAGGACACUGGACGCCCUCAGGUCAUCCUAACAUCAGCCCACUAGAUUCGUGGUGUGUGACAUGCCGUUAGCAUUACGUUAUGUUAUGUAAUUGUGCUAAUUUUACUGAACUUUAGACAGGUGUUUCUUCUCGGAACAGGAAGCAGAGAGCAGCGGGGCACAGACAGGUCUGUCGCUGAGGAGCUCUGUGGUGUGAAACUACGUUUGCUUUCCUUAAUCCAGCUAAAAUCGCAAUCUGAACUUGUCCAGUUCUUCCUCUUCUACAGCUGCUAAAGGUGUCCCUGCGAACACUGCGGCGGCCUUCCAUAGAGUGAAGCGUACGGGACAAAUCAUGAGGCUCUAUUUAGACGUCAUAUAUUAGAAGAAAACAGGUGUUUAAAAAUGAAGUUUCUCAUCACAAAUCUUCAGCAAACACUGAGCCACUGUAAAAUACUAAUUGUAAUAAUUCAGGUUUCUAGGAAGCUACGUGUUUGUGUGAGUGCUCAGUGAGACACGCCCACCGGAGAUAAAACUUUGUGGAUGUUUAAAAUGAAGCUUCAGCCAUAUUUAGCAGAACAAGGCCAACAAAAACUGAUUCAGCACAACACGGCCCUUUAAUCUGGAUUCUGAAGCCAGACUUUUCGCAUCAGAUGUUAAUUCAGUUCCUGUUCUAUUCUGUUAGUAGAGUUUUUUGUGCCAAACCAGUAACACCCUGCAGGUAGUGACAACAGGAGACAAUUUGAACUGUUUGUGUUGAUGAAGUUGCGAACAUCCCACUGCUCUUCGGAGGCUGAGCUCUGAUCCGGUUUGAUCCGAGCCUGUUUACACGCCACAGAGCGGCGCCAGCUGGACGCUCCGAGAGUUUCGAUGCAUUCCAGAGUUGUGGAUGAUGUUGAAGCAGGACCUGGUCCGGGUCCCUCAGACCUGUACAGUGUACAGAUGUAAGUUGUUCAAAUGCACAUUUUGUACAUACAGAACUUUGAUCCUGAACAGCCUUUGAUCUUUGUGUUGGCUGAAUGUGGACAGUGAGUGUGAAAUACGUUCCACUGACAUCAUUCCGCUGAGACUUGUCACCGUUUUUUACUCCUGCAUGAAUGACGUUUCACCUUCAGUUUGCACAGUACCGAUCUGGAGCAGACGUCCUUUUGUGCUCAUGACGAUGAGUCUUUUUGUAACAUUUCUCUCAUGUGGAAUGUUCGGACAAGUUUCUCUUCUUUGGGUGUGGAACUGAGACAUCUGCUGCCAAAAUGUCUUCUAUCUUCAGCAACUAUCUGUACAAAACAAGUGUUUAUUUUUUACGUUUUGUUUUUAUUCAGUGAAGAAAAUAAAAAAGGUUCUUGCUCA